ACGCUAGUCUAAUUCCUUCCCUUAUACUUUGUCUCUUCAAACUCUUCCGAGAAAAUUCGAACUCCAUUUUUCUCUUCUUCCUCGGCAGCCAGACGGACGGUUUCUCCCGCGCGCGUCCUUCUUCCCCUCCUCUGCUCAAUGCAGUAACAGCCGGCCGCCCUCGAGUUCACCCAUGGCCACUGCCUUCGGGAGCAAUUACAGGAAUGGAGCUCCCCGGAGCUCGCCCAGGGUAGUCGACAGCAGCGGCAGGCCCCUCUCCGUGAAUCACAACCCCAAAUCCUCUCUCAAGUCCAAGCCCUCCGGCAUUAGGAAGAGCAGCCCUGCCUCGCUUGGUGGCGGGUCUGCCGGAGCUGCAAAGGACGACGGUGGAGUUCCUGGAAGAGUUCGAGUAGCUGUGAGAUUACGACCUCGUAAUGCUGAGGAACUGGUGGAAGAUGCUGAUUUUGGAGAUUGUGUGGAGUUACAGCCUGAGUUAAAACGGUUGAAACUUCGGAAGAAUAACUGGGACACAGAUACCUAUGAGUUUGAUGAAGUCUUCACUGAUUCUGCUUCCCAAAAGCGUGUAUAUGAAGUUGUGGCAAAGCCCGUCAUUGAGAGUGUUCUGGAGGGUUACAAUGGAACUGUUAUGGCAUAUGGGCAGACUGGUACAGGUAAAACCUACACUCUUGGAAACCUAGGAGAGGAGGACACAGCAGCUCGAGGGAUUAUGGUGCGUGCUAUGGAGGAUAUAUUAGCUGAUGUCUCACCUGAGUCUGACUCUAUAUGUGUCUCCUAUCUUCAGCUCUAUAUGGAGACCUUACAGGACCUUCUAGAUCCUUCUAAUAAUAAUAUCUCUAUAGUGGAAGACCCCAAAACUGGAGAUGUUUCAGUACUGGGAGCAAUCUCCGUUGAAAUAAGGGACCAGCAGAGUUUUCUGGAACUUCUAAGGUUAGGGGAAGCCCAUCGUUUUGCUGCAAAUACAAAGUUGAAUACUGAAUCUUCUCGUAGCCAUGCAAUUUUAAUGGCACAUGUAAGACGAUCUAUCAAGGAUUCAGUUCUUUCAAGUGUAAAUGGCAGCAACUCUCAUGUUUCUAAAGCUCUAAAACCUCCAAUUGUUCGGAAAGGGAAGCUUGUGGUGGUGGAUCUUGCAGGUUCAGAGCGAAUAGACAAGUCAGGAAGUGAGGGACACACACUUGAGGAAGCCAAAUCUAUCAACCUUUCAUUGAGUGCAUUGGGCAAGUGCAUAAAUGCUCUGGCCGAGAAUAAUUCACACGUUCCAGUUCGUGAUUCAAAACUGACAAGAUUGCUUCGGGAUUCCUUUGGAGGCACUGCAAGAACAUCAUUGCUUAUUACUAUCGGCCCAUCCCCUCGUCACCGAGGAGAGACUGCAAGCACGAUCAUGUUUGGACAAAGGGCCAUGAAGGUGGAGAAUAUGUUGAAACUGAAGGAGGAAUUUGAUUACAAAAGUUUGUCCAGGAGGCUAGAAAUUCAGCUCGAUAAGCUCAUUGCAGAAAAUGAGAGACAGCAGAAAGCUUUUAAAGAUGAAAUUGAGAGAAUCAGUGUGGAAGCACAGAAGCGAAUUUCUGAGGUUGAAACCAAGUAUGAAGAUGCACUGGAGGCAGAAAGAUUGAAGUAUCAGAAAGACUACAUGGAAUCAAUAAAAAAGCUUGAGGAGCAACUGGUCACGAACCAACAAAAGCUUAGCAAUGGAAAGAUUAACACUGCUGCCAAUGACACAUCUUCUCAUAUAAAUUCGAGAGAACCGGCUGCUUUGGCAUCUGCUCUCGAGGAAGUUGCUAAUCUGAAAAAAUUGCUGGGAAGAGAGGCUUCUCUCAAAAAGGCAGCAGAAGAGGAAAUCAACAACCUUAAAAGUCAAUUAUCCCAAUCAAAAUUAUUGGAGGCAUCAGCAAACAGUGAGAUUUUAAAGCUUCAGAAGAUGCUGGAAGAUGAAUCAAGGCAGAAAGAGAAAAUUGAAGGAGAUCUAGCAGCACUGCAAAGUCAAUUAUUGCAAUUAAGUUUUGAUGCUGACGAGACGAGAAGGAAUCUUGAUAGAGGUGGAGGAGUCAAUGGUCCUAGUGGCUUGGAGUCCCUCAUAUCACAGGCAAAGAAUCAACAGGUCAACGACCCAGGAAAUGGGGAGAAGGCUUCAAUGGCCAAACUGUUCGAACAGGUGGGGCUGCAUAAGAUCUUGUCAUUGCUAGAAGCAGAAGAUGCCGAUAUCAGAAUUCAUGCAGUGAAAGUGGUGGCUAAUUUGGCCGCUGAAGAUGAGUCAUUAGUACUAGGACACUCUCCCAUGUGGUGUACAGAGGCUAAUCAACAGAAGAUUGUGGAAGCUGGUGGACUUAAGUCCCUUCUAAUACUACUUAGAAGCUCGGAUGAUGAGACCGUCCACAGAGUUGCAGCUGGUGCAAUCGCUAAUCUUGCGAUGAACGAAACCAAUCAGGAGCUUAUAAUGGUUCAAGGGGGAAUCCGACUAUUAUCAAUGACGGCGGCAAAUGCCAAGGAUCCUCAAACUCUAAGAAUGAUUGCUGGAGCCAUUGCGAACCUCUGUGGCAAUGAUAAGUUGCAGACAAAACUUAGAGGUGAAGGCGGUAUCAAGGCAUUGGUAGGAAUGGUUCGGUGUGGACAUCCUGAUGUCCUUGCUCAAGUUGCUCGUGGGAUAGCAAAUUUUGCUAAGUGCGAGUCAAAAGCAUCUGUUCAAGGGAUGAAAAAGGGAAGAUCUCUUUUAAUUGAAGAUGGUGCUCUCUCGUGGAUUGUGCAGAACGCGAAUAACGAGGCCACCCCAAUUAGGCGCCAUAUCGAGCUUGCUCUCUGCCACCUUGCACAACAUGAAGCGAACGCUAGAGACAUGAUUGGUGGAGGUGCCCUGUGGGAACUGGUUCGAAUCUCACGGGACUGUUCCCGACAAGACAUAAGGACCCUUGCCUGCCAAACCAUAAGCUCCAGCCCUACCUUCCAAGCUGAACUGAGGCGUCUGAGGAUCGAAUACUGAAUGGUAAACAACUAAUGGAAGCAUGCAUGCAGAGAUGAAACGCAGUUUGAUGAGUUAUGGGGCAUCUGCUUUCCUAGCUCCAACUAAGUCGGGUCACAAGGACUGCUCUUCCUCCACAUGCAAAUGACUUGCUUUGAAUUGAGCUGCAGAUUUGGUCCUGCAAAGUUGGUUUAUUAUGUAGGAUCAGCAUUACGUGUAAUUAGCUAGGGCAUGAUUAUGUUUUUAAGCUGUUUGAAUGUCAUUUUGCGUUGUUCCCGUUCCCGAUUAAAAUUUUGGGAAUGUGUAUAUUACUGUGAAGCGAAUAGGAAGGAAUAGCUGUGGUAUUGGUGUAUGUAGAAAAUAAUUUUCGAGAUAGUUCAAAUUAGUUAUGCAGCAGAGAACUCAUCAUCCCC